ACCGUGGGAGGCGGAAACAAAACAAAAGAGGCCUGCGUAGAAAACGCGCCACAGACACACGAGCUAAUAAAAACUGCCUCGAAGCCCACCCAAACCCGUCCAAAACCUCGCACCCGGAGCCGCUCUCUUUUUCUCCCCGGAACUCCCAAACGCAAACGCAAACGCAAGCGCAGACUCUCCCCCUCCCUCAUCUCUCUCUCUCUCUCUCCGUCUCCAUGGAAGCCUGAAUGCCAAAGCCGUCAAGACGAUGACAAGAACGCGAGAGAAACCGCUCUCUCUGGCUUUUCACGCGAUGCCGUCGUCCGCGCGGCUGCUGUUCGUGCUCGUGAUGGUGGCGGCGGCGCGGGCGGCCACGCCGGCGCCCGCGCCGCCGGUGGCGCGCACGGCGGAGGUGCAGGCGGAGAUCGACGCGCUGCUCGCGUUCCGCGCCGGGCUGCGCGACCCCUACGCCGCCAUGUCCGGGUGGGACGCGUCCUCGCCGUCCGCGCCCUGCUCCUGGCGCGGCGUCGCGUGCGCCGCGCCCGGUGGGGCCGGCCGCGUCGUCGAGCUGCUGCUCCCGCGGCUCCGCCUCUCCGGCCCCAUCUCCCCCGCGCUCGCCUCGCUCGCCUACCUCGAGAAGCUCAGCCUCCGCUCCAACUCGCUCUCCGGCAACAUCCCGGCCUCCCUGGCCCGCGUCGCCUCCCUCCGCGCCGUCUUCCUCCAGUCAAACUCCCUCUCCGGCCCCAUCCCGCAGUCCUUCCUCUCCAACCUCACCAACCUCGAGUCCUUCGACGUCUCCGCCAACCUCCUGUCCGGCCCCGUCCCUGCUUCGCUCCCUCCAAGCCUGAAGUACCUCGACCUCUCCUCCAACGCCUUCUCCGGCACCAUCCCUGCCAACAUUAGCGCCUCGGCGACCAAGCUCCAGUUCUUCAACCUGUCCUUCAACCGCCUCCGGGGGACGGUACCGGCGUCGCUGGGGACCUUGCAGGACCUGCAUUACCUCUGGCUGGAAGGUAACCUUCUCGAAGGCACCAUCCCGUCGGCGUUGGCCAACUGCAAGGCGCUGCUCCACCUCAACCUGCAGGGGAACGCGCUCCGCGGCAUCUUGCCGACCGCUGUCGCGGCGAUACCGUCGCUGCAGAUUCUCUCGGUGUCGCGGAACCGGCUCUCCGGCGCCGUCCCGGCCGCGGCGUUCGGCAGCGAGAGGAACUCGUCGCUGCGCAUCGUGCAGCUCGGCGGCAACGAGUUCUCUCAGGUGGACGUGCCCGGUGGGCUCGGCAAGGAUCUCCAGGUUGUGGACUUGGGGGGCAACAAGCUGGGCGGUCCCUUCCCGGGAUGGCUCGUCGAGGCUCAGGGACUGACGGUGCUCAACCUUUCUGGCAAUGCAUUCACCGGCGAUGUGCCGGCGGCAGUUGGGCAACUUACUGCGCUCCAGGAACUGCGUCUUGGCGGUAACGCUUUCACUGGUGCAGUGCCUCCGGAGAUUGGUAGAUGUGGCGCGCUCCAGGUGCUUGUUCUCGAGGACAACCGCUUCUCCGGCGAGGUUCCUGCCGCUCUUGGCGGUCUCCGGCGGCUCAGAGAGGUCUAUCUUGGUGGGAACUCUUUAGCCGGCCAGAUUCCGGCCACCUUGGGCAAUCUCUCGUGGCUGGAAACAUUGUCACUACCGAAGAACCGGCUCACUGGUGGUCUGCCCAGUGAGGUCUUCCUGCUGGGCAACCUGACAUUGUUGAAUCUCUCUGAUAACAAGCUCUCCGGUGAGAUUCCUUCUGCUAUUGGCAGUCUGCUUGCUCUGCAGAGUUUGAAUUUGAGUGGCAAUGCCUUCUCAGGCCGCAUUCCGUCGACCAUUGGCAACCUGCUGAACAUGCGAGUUCUUGACCUUUCUGGUCAGAAGAACCUCUCGGGCAGUCUCCCGGCAGAGCUUUUCGGUCUGCCACAGCUGCAGCAUGUAUCACUCGCCGAAAAUUCUCUCUCUGGAGAUGUUCCUGAAGGUUUCAGCAGUCUGUGGAGUCUGCGUCACCUCAACAUCUCGGUGAAUUAUUUUUCGGGGUCAAUCCCGGGUACAUAUGGGUACAUGGCAUCACUCCAGGUGCUCUCAGCCUCGCACAACCGCAUCUCUGGGGAGGUGCCCCCGGAGCUUGCCAAUCUUUCCAACCUCACCGUGCUUGACCUCAGUGGCAACCAUCUGACUGGUCCAAUCCCGAGCGACCUCUCACGCCUUGGUGAAUUGGAGGAGCUUGACCUCAGCCACAAUCAGCUAUCCAGCAAGAUACCCCCAGAGAUCUCCAACUGCUCGUCGCUUGCCACUCUCAAGCUUGCUGACAAUCAUCUUGGCAGCGAGAUACCACCCUCUCUUGCCAACCUCUCGAAGCUGCAGACACUUGAUCUGUCAUCCAACAAUAUUACGGGCAGCAUCCCUGACUCACUGGCUCAGAUUCCAGGCCUUUUAUCAUUCAACGUGUCACACAAUGACCUUGCAGGGGAGAUACCAGCAAUUCUUGGCUCCCGCUUUGGCACCCCCUCAGCAUUUGCUUCCAAUCCAGGUUUGUGUGGUUCACCAUUGGAGAGUGAAUGCAGUGAAUACAAGCGGCACAGGAAGCGACAGAGGCUACAGCGCCUGGCUCUGCUGAUCAGUGCGGUGGCUGCUGCUGCACUGCUCCUUGUGUUGUUGUGCUGCUGCUGUGUGUUCAGCUUGCUGCGGUGGAGACGCCGGUUUGUUGAGAAGCGUGAUGGUGUCAAGAAGAGGCGACGCAGCCCUGGGAGGGGCAGUGGAUCCAGCGGCACCAGCACAGAAAAUGGAAUCAGCCAGCCAAAGCUGAUCAUGUUUAAUUCCAGGAUCACCUAUGCAGACACAGUGGAGGCGACACGGCAGUUUGAUGAGGAGAAUGUGCUCAGCCGCGGCCACCAUGGUCUCAUGUUCAAGGCUUGUUACAGUGAAGGAACUGUGCUGGCCAUCUUACGGCUUCCUUCCACCUCAGCUGAUGGCGCCGUGGUUGUUGAAGAGGGAUCAUUCAGGAAAGAAGCCGAGUCUCUAGGCAGGGUGAAGCACAGAAACCUCACUGUUCUUCGUGGCUACUACGCCGGGCCACCGCCCGAUGUUCGCCUGCUGGUCUAUGACUACAUGCCCAACGGUAACCUUGCCACAUUGCUCCAAGAAGCGUCUCACCAAGACGGUCACAUCCUCAAUUGGCCGAUGAGGCAUCUCAUUGCUCUUGGUGUCUCUCGUGGCCUUGCAUUCCUCCACCAGUCCGGUGUCAUUCACGGAGAUGUCAAGCCACAGAACAUCCUCUUCGAUGCUGACUUCGAGCCACACCUAUCCGAUUUCGGGCUGGAGCCAAUGGUGGUGACUGCUGGUGCCGCUGCAGCCGCCGCCGCUGCAUCAACAUCUGCUACAACACCGGUUGGUUCGCUUGGCUAUGUCGCCCCAGACGCGGCGACUGCUGGACAGGCUACACGGGAAGGUGAUGUCUACAGCUUUGGCAUUGUGUUACUGGAACUGCUCACAGGCCGGCGCCCUGGCAUGUUCGCCGGGGAGGAUGAGGACAUUGUGAAGUGGGUGAAGCGGCAGCUGCAGCGUGGGGCAGUCGCUGAGCUGCUUGAGCCGGGCCUGCUGGAGCUCGACCCCGAGUCCUCAGAGUGGGAAGAGUUCCUGCUGGGAAUCAAGGUCGGCCUGCUCUGCACCGCCUCCGACCCGCUGGAUCGCCCGGCAAUGGCCGAUGUGGUGUUCAUGCUUGAGGGUUGCCGUGUUGGCCCAGACAUCCCCUCCUCCGCCGAUCCAACCUCCCAGCCAUCCCCUGCGUAGUCUCCGGUGUCCCUCAGCCGCCAUUGUCAGAUUCAGUUCAGUAGUUUGUACCAUUUUUUUCUGUAAUUCUUUUCUUAGUUCAGACUAGUCUUUAGCUGCUUCACUCAGCACCCAGAACUCAGCAUUUCCCGCCAAGGAACGAGGCUGGCCCAAGCAAGUGGGAAGUAGCCGUUGGGGUUUCUAAUCUCAUGGUUAGGGAGGGUGUCAGUACUGGGAAUCGAAGGACCAUGUGGUGCUUGGCACGGCCAGGCACGAUGCUGCGAUGCCAUGCCGCGGAGGUUAGUGGCGCGCAUGUGGGGUUCCCAUCACAACGGCUACUGAUGCAAGGAUACGGUUGUGUCUCCUCUCCUGGCCUAUCUAUUUCUUGGCUGAUCUGUAGUAGUACUCUGUACUCUUUAGGAAAUUGAUUCGUGUAGGGGCCUGCUUGGCUUCUUUGGAUCCUGUCUUUAAUAUCUAUCGUUUUUUACCAUGGCUGCUAGAUCUUUGUAGUGUUGUGAUGUGCUGUGAUGUACAUUUUGUUAUCUCAAUUGAUGCAACAGGAUUGGGGUAAUGAUGCUUCAUGACCGUUAA